CGCAGUGGUGAGGGGCGUGGCGACGUGGCCUGCGCCACUCCGAGGUGACGCUAAGCAGCAACGCGAUUUCAAUUCAGCCUGCGGUCACCAAGUUCUCUCUGCAGCCUGGUCCCGGCGCAGCAGUCCUUCCCUGGGGGGAACGAGAACCAUGGCUGAUAAAACCCAGGAAGCUGGUGGCAUCCAUUUCCCGUUUCCCUUCCCGCCCUACUCCAUCCAGAAGGACUUCAUGGCGGAGCUGUACCGGGUGUUGGAGGCUGGCAAGAUCGGGAUAUUCGAGAGCCCCACCGGGACGGGAAAGUCCUUAAGUCUCAUCUGCGGGGCCCUGUCCUGGCUCCGUGACUUCGAGCGGAAGAAACAGCAAGAAGAGGUGCAGUGUCUCCUUGAACCUGCAGCCGGCCCCUUGCCGGAGGGGCAGGACCUGCACCCCGCAACCUCGUCUUCCUGCCGAGGGUCCCCCACCGCCCCGAGGCCUGCAGGAGAGCCGGACUGGGUCACCCAGUUCGUGCAGAGGAAGGCAGAAAGGGAUCUGGCAGAGCGAGGGAAGGAGGAGCAGACCAGGAGGAGGAAGCGCGAGGAGCGGCUGCAGCAGACCCGCCACACCGCACAGCUCAGGCACGCAGCCCGGCUCCGGAGGCAGGAGGAGGAGGAGACUGAGGCGCUCCUCCGCCUCAGCAGGGAGAUGCUGGCCGAGGAAGCCGGGGCGGAGCAGCUGGAGCCCGGGGAAGAAGAGCUGGUGCUGGCGGAGUACACCAGUGACGAGGAGAGGAGGGCAGCCAGCGGGGUGGAUGAGGAUGAGGACGAGGAGGACCUGGAGGAGGAGCACGUCACGAAGAUUUACUACUGCAGCAGGACGCACUCUCAGCUGGCCCAGUUCGUGCAGGAAGUCCGCAAGAGCCCCUUCGGCAGGGAGGUCCGGCUGGUGUCCCUUGGCUCCCGGCAGAACCUGUGUGUCAACGAAGACGUGAGGAGCCUGGGUUCUGUGCAGCUCAUCAACGACCGCUGCGUGGAGAUUCAGAGACGCCAGCACGGUGGGCACAGGCCCUGGGUGUGGCCGAGGCAGUGCUGGGGCGGGGGACCGAGGGACCUCCCAGAAGGGCCGCGGUGGGCUAGGAGGGGGACAUGGGAGAUUAAGGCCAUUGGGCCUCCAGCGCCCACCUCUCCCCUCCAGCUGGUGGUGCUGCCCUACCCGAUGUUGCUGCACGAAGCCACGCGGCAGGCCGCCGGCAUCCGGCUGCAGGGCCAAGUCGUCAUCAUCGAUGAGGCGCACAACCUGAUCGACGCCAUCACGGGCAUCCACAGCACCGAGGUCAGCGGGUCCCAGCUCUGCCAGGCCCACUCCCAGUUGCUGCAGUACACGGAACGGUACAGGAAGCGUCUGAAGGCCAAGAACCUGAUGUACAUCAAGCAGAUCCUGUAUUUGCUGGAGAAGUUUGUGGCUGUGCUGGGAGGGAACAUCAGGCGGAACCCGGGCACACAGAGCGUCUCCCCAACGGGGACGGAGCUGAAGACCAUCAACGACUUCCUCUUCCAGAGCCAGGUGGACAACAUCAACCUGUUCAAGGUGCAGCGCUACUGCGAGAAGAGCAAGGUCAGCAGGAAGCUCUGCGGCUUCACGGAACGCUAUGGCGCUGUCCUCCCACCGCCCCCGGAGCAGCCCAGGCUGGCCGGGCUCCAGCACUUCCUGCAGAGCCUGCAGCCCGGGGUGAGCGCGGGUGAGUCAGGAGCCCGGGGGACCGGCAAGGCCCUAAGCGGGGGAGUCGCCCACCGGCUGUGUGACCCGCACCCGUUUCGUUUCUCUCUUUGCACCUGGCUCUGCUCCAGUGCAAGGGGGAAGGCAGCACUGUCUACCUCGGGGCUCGACUCACCACGCCGGCCCCUGUGUGUCCCGUCCGUCCUCCCUGCAGGCAGCCUCAGUCAGAGCAGCCUCAAAUUCUUGCUCCUGAACCCAGCCGUGCACUUUGCCCAGGUGGUGAAGGAGUGCCGGGCAGUGGUCAUCGCAGGUGGCACCAUGCGGCCGGUGUCAGACUUCCGGGAGCAGCUGCUGGCCUGCGCCGGGGUGGAAGCAGAGCGCGUGGUGGAGUUUUCCUGCGGUCACGUGAUCCCGCCAGACAACAUCCUGCCCCUGGUCCUCUGUGGCGGGGCCACCGAGCAGCAGCUGGAGUUCACCUACCAGAAGAGAGAGCUGCCUGCUAUGAUGGACGAGGCGGGGCACGUUCUCUGCAAUCUGUGCAACGUGGUCCCCGGAGGGCUGGUCUGCUUCUUCCCUUCCUAUGAGUACCAACGCCAGGUCCUUGCCCACUGGGACAAGAGAGGCCUGCUGAGCCGCCUGGCUGUCAGGAAGCAGAUCUUCCAAGAGCCCAAGAGAGCCAGCCAGGUGGAGCAGGUGCUGGCGGCGUACGCCAAGUGUAUUAAGAGCUGUGUCCAGGCAGGAGGCCCAGUGACCGGGGCCCUGCUCCUCUCUGUGGUUGGAGGGAAGAUGAGCGAAGGGAUCAACUUCUCUGACGACCUGGGCCGGUGCGUGGUGAUGGUGGGCAUGCCCUACCCCAACAUCAGGGCUCCUGAGCUGCAGGAGAAGAUGGCCUACUUGGAUCAGCGCCUUCCUGCGGCGCCUGGGCAGGUGCCCCCCAGUAAGGCCCUGGUGGAGAAUCUGUGCAUGAAGGCCGUCAACCAGUCCAUAGGCAGGGCCAUCCGGCACCAGAGGGACUUCGCCAGCAUCGUGCUCCUGGACCAGCGGUAUGCCCGGGCCCCCGUCCUGGCGAAGCUGCCCGCCUGGAUCCGAGACCGCGUGGAAGUCAAAGCUACCUUUGGUGCCGCCUUUGCUGCGCUGCGGAAGUUUCACCGGGAGAAGGUGGGGCCCUCCUGAUGGCGGCCACGUCACUGCCUGCCUGGGUCCCCGCUGUGCCCGAGGAACACCAGCCCCCGCCCCGAAGAGCCAGCACCUGCCAGGG